ACGGGCGAGGGCUGGUGACGUGUACUCUAUGGUAGAGCGGCCCCGCUCUUGCUCUUCUCACAGGCUCUGGAGGACUCAGCCGACGUAUGAAAUAAGGAACUUCCGGUUGUGCUCCUUCCUUCCGGUGUGUCUGCCAUCAGAUCUUACAGAAUGGCUAUCAGGUAUCCUAUGGCCGUGGGCCUAAAUAAAGGCCAUAAAGUGACCAAGAACGUCUCAAAGCCCAGACACUCACGUAGGAGAGGGCGCUUGACCAAGCACACCAAGUUUGUCCGUGACAUGAUCCGUGAAGUUUGUGGUUUUGCUCCUUAUGAGAGACGUGCCAUGGAGUUGCUGAAAGUGUCUAAGGACAAAAGAGCUCUUAAGUUCAUCAAAAAGAGGAUUGGAACUCACAUCCGCGCCAAGAGAAAGAGAGAAGAACUCAGCAAUGUACUAGCUGCCAUGAGAAAAGCUGCAGCCAAGAAAGACUAAACUGUACAAGUUCUACUACAAAUAAAUGUUUCCAAAAAACA